AUGAGCGGCUUUUCGGAGCGCGAGGUGCAGCUCAUGGCUUGCGCCUUCCAAGCCAUGAAGACACCGCCUGAAGUCCGUCACCCCCGCGUGCGCUCCUCAACACACGAACAUGCUCGCGCUGCACCUCACCUUCCUUUUCCUUUUGUUGUCCGAUUCCCCUCACUGCCUCACGCUUUGGCUAUGGCCGUCAAGCAUGAUGCUAACGUUUGGCCCAUGCUUUCACAGAUCGACUACCAACUCAUGGCACGCCUAGCCGGCAUGUCGCACCCGGGCUCCGCCAGCAACGCCAUGCGCGCCAUCCGGCGCAAGCUCGAUGCCCGCGUCCCUGGUACCGGUAACGCUGCAGUCAACGGCUCGCCCGGCACCCCGGCCAAGAAGACCCCUCGCACCGGCGGCACCGGAAAGAAGCGCUCUGCCAAGACGAUGAUGUCGACUUCGACGGGGAUGGGCAGUUUCUCUGAUGACGACGAAGAGGCCGGUGCCGACGCUGUGGCUGAGAGCCUGUCCAAGAAGAAGAUCAAGGGCAAGGCUCGUGCUAAUAGCAGCGAAGAUGGCACCGCCACGGUGAAGGUGAAGAAGGAGACGCGAUACGAGGAGGAUGAGGCGGAGGACGCUGGUGAGGAAGAUAUCUUCAUCGAGGAGGUUUAA